AUGAAGUACUCAAGUCCAUUUUUCCUUUUGCUUGCAGCGGGGAGUACGGCAUCCAGCGUUUGGGCCUUUGUUCCAAGUGAUGCCCAGAGAUAUGCGAAAUCGCGUGCUUUUGCCAGCGUCCCGCUCAAUGCUAUUGGCGCCCUUGCCAAGAAAGCAAAACAGGCAGAUUUGAGGAAAUACGUGGAAGGAGGAAUCGAAGAUAGUGUGAUGGAAAAGUACAAUGUGCUGAAAGAAGCACUUGAAAAGGAUACAAUUGAUUUAAAUCUGAGCACCCCUGGGCCGCUGCAACAAGCCCUGACAAAGAGAAAAGGCACCAUCACCAUUAUUGCGGAGUUUCGAAGAAAGAACGAUGCCAUAGAGGCUGGGUAUAUUGCAGAUAUCUAUGACCCCGAGAUGCUUUCUCCAGCUUUUCGCGAAUACGGGGCGUCUGCAGUUGCCGUCAUGGCAGACGAGAGAAUGGGUGGAUGCACCUACAAAGAUUUGGCAGAUUUUGUAGAGGAACAGAGGCGAGCCAAGAAUGAAGUUCCCGGUCCCAUUGCUGUAAUCAACAAUGAUCUCAUUAUUGACGAGCUACAGAUUGCUCGAUCCGCUGCAAUGGGCGUGACUGGAUGUGUCCUCACGCUGGAUGUGCUGGGCGAUCAACUCGAGACUCUUCUCAAAGCUACGAAAGCGGUGGAUAUGGAACCAAUAGUCGCUGUUUCCAACAAAGAAGAAGCUCAGCAGGCAAUCGACCUUGGCGCCAGAAUCAUCUUAAUUGUUUGCUUGGAGGAUGUCGAGGCAAAAGCUGAAAUCAUCACUGAUCUCAGUAUUCCUGACGGACAGCAGGUCUGUAUGCUUGCCAACAUACUGACGAGGAAGAACCAGCAGCUGCAAGAAAUUGAAGAUGCUUGGUUCUUGAGAGAUAAAGGAUUCAAUUCAGUUUGGGUUGGAGACGCACUCUACAAAGCUGGACAAGAUGCCAAUGAGCACCCCGGUGCUGUCAUCAAGGCGAUGCGUUCCAAGAGUUCACUCAAGUGGGCUUCUCCAAAGGCUAGGACUGGUAAGGGAGAAGGAGCAAGAGAGUAUCUUGGCGACAUUAUGAUGUAA